ACCCGGAUGUUGCCACAUUUGGCAUGACAGUCUAGGUGGCAGUACAAAUGGCACGUCUUCGGUGAACACUCUUCUAGCGGGAAGCUAACCGACCUCGACAUCUGUCAGCGGCCAAGGCAGGGAGAGAUUUCCUCUUGAACUGAAGUUGAUAACUACACAGAAGGUUUCGUGAACUUCUUUGGCUAUUCGCUUCAGACCAAGUGCAUUAUUGAUGGCCACUGUGACCACCUCCCACUUUGUAUCAAGAACUUCCCAUGUCAACUGUCAUGGAAGUUCAACUUCAGAAACUAAAGCAAACUUGGCACAGAUUGGCCUUAGGAGCCAAGCGAUGACCCAUAAUGGGUUAAGAUCUUUGAACAAGUUGGAUAUGCUACAGAUGAGAACAGAUGCAAAAGCAAUUACCAGGAAAGCAAGAAGCAAAGUUAGGAACACUGAGAACGAUAGGCCUGCUGGGAAUAUUAUAUGUGGACAAGGAAUGAACUUGAUCUUUGUAGGAGCUGAGGUAGGUCCAUGGAGCAAAACCGGUGGACUGGGUGAUGUUCUUGGAGGUCUGCCACCGGCUAUGGCGGCUAAGGGGCACCGGGUUAUGACUGUCUCUCCACGCUAUGACCAGUACAAAGAUGCAUGGGACACUAAUGUACUAGUUGAGAUAAAAGUUGGGGAUAGGAUUGAAACUGUUCGCUUCUUUCAUUGCUACAAACGAGGUGUUGACCGAGUAUUUGUGGAUCACCCAAUGUUCCUUGCGAAGGUAUGGGGCAAAACUGGAUCCAAAAUCUAUGGCCCUAGGACUGGAAUGGAUUACCAGGAUAACCAACUUCGUUUCAGCUUGUUGUGCCAGGCUGCUCUGGAGGCACCCAGGGUUCUGAACCUAAACAACAGUGAAUAUUUCUCAGGACCAUAUGGAGAGGAUGUUAUCUUCAUUGCUAAUGAUUGGCACGCUGCCCUUCUUCCAUGCUACCUAAAAACCAUGUACAAACCAAGGGGGAUUUAUAAAAGUGCCAAGCAGGUUGCUUUCUGCAUCCACAACAUAGCCUACCAGGGCAGAUUUGCCCUUUCAGACUUCUCACUUCUCAAUCUGCCUGAUCAAUUCAAGGGUUCUCUUGACUUCAUUGACGGGCAUGAAAAGCCAGUGAAGGGAAGGAAAAUGAAUUGGAUGAAGGCCGGAAUUUUGGAAUCAGACAGGGUCUUAACUGUGAGCCCAUACUAUGCCCAGGAACUUGUUUCUGGAAUUGAAAAAGGUGUGGAGUUGGAUAACAUCAUUCGUAAGACUGGCAUCACUGGUAUUGUGAAUGGGAUGGAUGUUCAAGAGUGGAACCCAGCCUCCGACAAGUACAUAGAUGUUAAAUACGAUGCCACAACUAUCAUGGAUGCAAAGCCUCUUUUGAAGGAAGCACUUCAAGCAGAAGUUGGGUUGCCUGUUGACAGAAAUAUCCCUCUCAUAGGCUUCAUUGGAAGACUAGAAGAGCAGAAAGGUUCAGAUAUUCUUGCAGCAGCUAUUCCAAAGUUCAUUGGGGAGGAUGUUCAAAUCUUGGUCCUUGGAACGGGCAAAAAGCCCAUGGAGAAGCAAAUUGAACAGCUGGAGAUAAUGUAUCCCAACCAAGCCAGGGGAGUGGCAAAAUUCAAUGCCCCCUUAGCUCAUAAGAUUAUUGCUGGGGCUGAUUUUAUGCUCCUCCCAAGUAGAUUUGAACCAUGUGGUCUCAUUCAGUUGCAUGCUAUGCGAUAUGGAACGGUGCCUAUUUGUGCCUCAACUGGUGGACUUGUUGACACUGUCAAAGAAGGUUUUACCGGAUUUCAGAUGGGGGCUUUCAAUGUCGAAUGUGACGCAGUUGAUCCAGCUGAUGUGAAUGCAAUAGCAACAACUGUCAAGAGAGCUCUUGUAACCUAUGGCACCCCUGCGUUGAAAGAUAUGAUCCAGAAUUGCAUGGCCCAAGAUUUUUCAUGGAAGGGACCAGCCAGACUAUGGGAAAAGAUGCUGACGAGCCUGGAGGUUUCUGGCAGUGAACCUGGAAUUGAAGGGGAGGAAAUUGCUCCUCUUGCCAAAGAAAAUGUUGCCGCCCCUUGAGAACCACAUCCAAUGCCUUGUAAUUUACUAGUAUGGACUUGAAUUAGUAUAUUAACAUGUAUGGUAAAGUAAUCAUAAUCUCCAUCAUAUUAGCAGUGGGCAUUUCACCUCAUUCAAGUGCCAAUUCGUGAGCAAGAGCAACAUGCUGGAUGAAGAAGAACUCACUGCUGUUUUGCAAUUUUCUUUCGGAGUGUUACUGGUGUUUUAAAUCUCUGUAUAAAGAGAGUGAUGCAGCUAACGUGCUGUUUUGAACCAAAGAAGAACCGGGCUUUUGGCAGUUAUUGCUUAAUAAAAGUUUCAAGCAGUAUGUAAGUAAAUAAAACUCAUCUUUAUUCCA